AUGGUGGCCUCUCUAAACCUUUCAAAAACUGAGAAAAUAAUAGAUCUUGAAAUUCCAAUUAUAGACCUUUCGGCCGACAGGUCCGAGGUUUCUGAACUCAUCGUUAAAGCCUGUGAAGAGUUCGGUUUCUUCAAGGUUAUCAACCAUGGUGUCCCUCAUGAUGUCAUUGCAAGAAUGGAACAACAAAGUUACGAGUUUUUCUCGAAACCGGCAUCUGGAAAACAGCAAGCAGGGCCUGCAAAUCCUUAUGGUUAUGGCUGUAAGAAUAUAGGACUAAAGGGAGAUAUCGGAGAAGUUGAAUAUCUUAUCCUUCAAACAAACCCUCUCUCCAUCGACCACAAUUCGAAAUCUAUUUCCAGCACUGAUCCUAAGAAGUUCAGCUCUGCAGUGAGGGGUUAUGUAGAAGCAGUUAAGAAGUUGGCAUGUGAAACAUUGGAGCUGAUGGCAGUAGGGUUAGGGUUUCCUGACCCCUCUGUACUCAGCAGGCUAAUCAGAGACGUUGAAUGCGACUCACUCCUCAGAUUCAAUCACUAUCCAAAGGCUGAUGAUGGUGCCGCGUCACCCUCAUCUAUUGGGUUUGGAGAACAUACUGACCCUCAGAUCUUGACCAUUUUGAGAUCUAACGGUGUAGAUGGCCUCCAAAUCUCACUGAAUGAUGGGGUUUGGGUCCCAGUCAACCCCCACCCAGUUUCAGCCUUCUGUAUUAAUGUUGGUGACGCGUUACAGGUUAUGACAAAUGGAAGGUUUUUGAGCGUAAGACACAGAGUUAUGGUGAACUCAUACAAGUCUAGAAUGUCAAUGGCAUAUUUUUCAGCUCCACGCCUUGAUGCCACAAUAAGUUGUCUACCAGGACUAUUGACACCACAGAAACCUCCUCUUUACAGAAGCUUCACCUGGGCUGAGUACAAGAAGGCUGCGUAUUCGCUUCGACUAGGAGAUAGCCAUAGCCGUCUUAAUCUUUUCAAGGCUCUACAGAAUGACGAUGAAAACAGUAACUAG